GGUCAAGUUGUUAUAUAUUAGCCAUGAUUUCGUUGACCUGGAUACCAAAGGCCGCCCACAAGCCCUACAAUAUAUUAGUGGCUUAUAUGUCGGGAGCGCCGGUACUUUCACUUCGCGAGCGACUUAAACUCGACGAAUUCAUUGAACGGCUGUAUACCGGCCCGCAAAUAGGGUACACGUGUUAUAACAUAUUCCCGGGCACUAGUGUAGUGAGAGGUCUCACUAUAAAUGUGUUGAACACUAGUGUUGACCAGUUUUUGAACAUCCCUUACGCUGAACCCCCGGUCAGGGACCUGAGGUUCACUAAACCACAACCACUCAAAGCACCAAAAAAGGAUAUAAUCGACGGGACUAAGCCGGGAAACUCAUGCAUGCAAAUACCGGAACCCGAAACUGAGAACAGUAGGUCACCAACAGAGUCGCCACUAAAAGCCGUAAUGUUUUGGAUAUAUGGCGGCGGACUGUCAUCAGGGUCCAUUUUUGACACCCAAUAUAACGGCAGCAUUUUAGCCACAUAUGACGUGGUGUUUGUAUCGGCAAACUAUAGGUUAGGACCAUUUGGCUACUUAUAUGGUGGCGAUGUGUCGGCGCCGGGAAAUAUGGGCUUUUUUGAUCAACUAUUGGCUCUCAAAUGGGUUAGAGAAAAUAUCCACGUGUUUGGUGGGGACAGGAAUCUGAUCACUAUAUUCGGUGAGAGCGCCGGUAGUUGGUCCGUAUCGGCGCAUAUCAUAAGUCCGUUAACUCGGGGUCUAUUUAAACGGGCUAUCAUGCAAAGCGGGGCUCAUAUGUAUAGUAAGGACAGGGAUGUGAUCAGCAAGUCUGAGGCCUUAACAAAAGCCAAACAUAUGGCACAACAACUUAAUUGUAGUGAUGCUGACGAUUGGUUGCGGUGUCUGAGAGGUGUCGGCGCCCAUGAAUUCCUAAAUUUUGAGACUUCUCUGACAUUUCCGGUGUUGGGAACUGAAUACCUGACACUAUCGGCUCAACAGGCAUUUAUGGACAAUAAAUUUAACUCAGAUAUCGAUCUAAUGGCGGGCAUUAAUCGAGACGAAGGGUCAGACCUAUUGGAGGCAAUCACUCCCACCCACAUCGACAACAUGACUGUCGAAGACUUCACAAAUAACGUUUUAAAAAUCGACAAAAUCUAUCAUGGCAUUAACACCGAAAGUGUAUCCGAUUUUUACCUCCGUGGGGUAAACGUGUCUAAUCCGGGGGCCCUUCGGUGGGCUCUCUACGACUUUUUCGGUGACCUAUUCAUGAAGUGUCCGACAUAUCUGUUUGCGAAACAACUCACAACAAUGGUUCAAAUGCGACAAAACGUCUACUUUUAUGAACUCACGUACGAAAACCCAUUGUUGGCCAAAGAGUUUGGGUGCGACCCUAUAACCAUGGGCAUAUGUCACGGCAUGGACUUGUUGUUUGUAUUUGGCAUACCAUUCACUGUAGAAAAACAGUGGGCCCCUGAGGACUACCUACUA